UCCUCGGAGAAAUUGGCGAUAUCAUUUACAGUUUAUGACAGUUCUAUGAGUUAUACAACAGAAAUUGUUUUCGAACGUGGUGCAGAAGCAACCUCUCCACUAGUAACCCUCUCCAAGAGACGUUCGAAUAGAUAUACUGGAACAUGUCUGGUUGGUAUAUGGACUUAAGUGUACCAGUAUAUAAUAAAGAGACUUCGUGUUUCCCUUAUGCAACUCGUAUGAGAGAAAUAGGAAAGACAAUAUUUAGAAAACCAUCCUCUUAUAAAAUGUAAUUUUACUUUUCAAAUAUAAGCAGUCGAUCUCGUGCAUUGUUCGCUUGUGCAAAAGAUAUGACGCUAGUCAUGUUGGUGUCCUGCCUAGAAUCUGAAAUAUGCAUUUUGCAGGAUUCGAAGUUUACCCUUGAACACUGCGCAGUAAAUGCCUCUAGAUUACUCUAGAUUUAGUUUUUGGGUUGGCAAAUCGUUUGAGUAUUCGACUGACACGAACGUAUAAAGAGAUUAAGGACCAGUCCAGCAUUAUUUAUUAUUGCGUGUAGGUUGCCGAAAUUCACUUCUAUGUGAAGUCUGGCCCUAUUUGUUUAGCGUAACGGUACUAAUUUCGUUAGGCUUAAACCACGUUUCCGGAGUUAUGAACAUAACUAAUAAGCUAAAGCGAAGAGAAUUUGAACAAAUUAAUUCUCUUCGCUUUAGCUUUUUUACUUUUAAACGCAUCAGCUGUGGAAGUAUAUUACAAGAACAUUUGUAAAAUGCAUUUCCUAUUUAGUUUUAAUCGUAGUCAAAAUUACCAGAACUGGGAUCUCAGCGUUUAUACUAUUGCUAAUCGAUCUUCUUGAGCAGUUGGAUCAAACCGAUAUAAAUAUUACUUGUAAUUUUUUGGUAAAAAUUAAAAAUUGCUUGUAAGUUUUUAAAUUAUCGUAGAGCUAAUCAAAUUAAACUAUCAGUCGAUAGCAAUAGCUCCAUGCAUUUCAGGAAGUGAUUGGCUGAAUUUGGUUCAUUAUUUACAAGACACUCUACCAAAAGCUUCUAUAAAACUUAUUACGUUAUAAUGCCAAUAGAACAAGUUUCAAAUUACUUUUUUUUCAAUUUUCUAUAUAUUCUUCUGCUAUGAAGCAAAUAGUCAGUAAUUAUCUAAAAUAAUCUAAAAAAAAUUAAACAAUCUAAAGGGAAGCUAUUAUAGAGAAUAUAACCUUGCGACGUCUUCCGGUGAGGUUUGUUUUACAAAUUACGCGAACCUACGUGUGCUCUUAUAAAGACUAUAUUUUAAUUUGAAAUCAUUUUCCGUCUAGUGCAAAGAAAAGCAUUAAUUACUAUUAUACUAGUUGUGACUUUUAUCGUAACUAUUUGCCUACAAUUAUUACACACGACAUGUUCCCUGUUUAAAACGCAAGUCUACAAAAUUUAUAAGGAGGUGAUUCUGUCACUAUAUAAAGAUUAGAUUUGAAGUUUUAUGAGGCAUUUCAAGAAUUAUUUUUUUCUAGUAUUAGUAAAUACUUUUCGAGAGUAACAGGGGUAGGGAUUUUUAAAUUGGGAUGUUCUUACUCAGAUAAUUAGAUUACACACAACCAUAGUAGAUUUUCUCAGAACAGAAAGCCAGCCUGGAAGCAACGAUAUUAUGCCAAAUAUCAAGGGUAUAAGACUUCACGGCGGAGAAUCGCGCCUAGACUGUCGCAAACAGGCACCCAGAAAUCGAGUUCUUCCGUAAAGUAUUUUUCCUCCGAACACAAUAUAAUGCUAACAAUCUUCGGCUUGUAAAUCGUAAACACCCGUCUGUGCGGAUCUCAUUUUCGGGGUGUUGCUUUGAUGAAAAGAAUGCGUAUAUAAAAGUUAUUGCACCAACGGCGCCCGGUGGUACACUAACCUGUAUUCCCUCAUUUCUACACAGCGAAGAUGUUUUAGCGCCAUUUCGGGAUUCGCGCAUUUGUUUAUCAACAGUCGCCAUCGUCUUCUAACAGGUGAAAAUAAAUAAAACAACAUGGAAGCUGACCUGAAUAAACUACUUGCGACAAAUUUUUCUCCAGCUCAGUUGAGGGCCUCAAUAGUUGCUUCGCUCCGCGAAAGCGAGCCCCGGUGUUUAAAGCGAUCGACAGAAACGCUCGCUGAGCUGUUAGUCACACUUGGAAAGGAUACUAGCCAAGUACCGCCUGACGAAUAUUUUGUCACUGACGACGCUGAUUCCGUUUAUCUACGAAGUAUGUCGUAUUUUAACAAACGGGAAUAUGACCGAGCAGCACAUUUCGCCAAAGGAAGCGUUCAGCCUAGGACGAGAUUUAUCUACUUCUACGCGAGGUAUCAAUCAGCGGAAACAAAGCGCGUAGAUGGACUAGCCGAGGCCGUGAGCAGUUUAUCAGAACAGCGCGCUAAGGACCGUCAAUUAAAGGCACUUUACUGGGAUCUCAAAGACGAACAAAAAGCACUUGACGGGUACUGUCUUUAUUUGUACGGUGUCGUACAAAGACUACUCGGCCUGGAAUCGGGUGCCAUUGAAACUCUGGAGGCAGCUCUUAGGCUCGAACCGAAUCUUUGGGCAGCUUGGGCCGAACUCUCCCUUUUGGUAGCGUCACGAGAUCAACUCUUCAAACUAAGUGUUCCUUGCAGCUGGCUGCUUCUCAUGUUCACUGGCCUCGCGUUAACAAAGGUCGAUUCGUCGGACCCACUCGUGUUAAAAGUUUACCACAAGUUAGACUCGCUGUUUCCGAACUGCCCGUAUGUACUCACACGAAUUGCCUACGCACAACGUGCAUUGUCUUCAACCUCUCUCGAAACGGCAAAGCAGUAUUACGAAAGAGUUCGCGCUAUAGACCCAUGCCGGUUAGAAGGUAUGGACACUUAUUCCGAGCUCUUGUAUAUUGAGGGCAAGCGGCAGGAGUUAACGAACUUGGCUCAGCAGCUACAUGCAGUGGACCCACAGCGCGCUGAGACGUGCGCCGUUAUUGGAAAUGUAUAUAGCCUUAGGGAACAGCAUGCUCCUGCAUUGCUCUAUUUCAAAAAGGCGAUGAAAAUCAGUAUCAAUUACGGACCAGCCUGGACACUUAUGGGGCAUGAAUAUUCACUGAUUAAGAACAUCAAUGCGGCUAUUCAAUGUUACCAUCAGGCUGUCGAGAUAGAUAAGUGUGAUCAUCGGGCAUGGUGCAGUCUCUCCUUAAUGUAUGAUCAACUGAAGAUGCAUCAUUACGCAGUGUAUUACCAAAAGAAAGCACUGAAGCUACAACCACGAUGUCCAAAGAUGCUCGUAGCCUUGGGCGAACGCCUCGAGAAAGUGGCAAAAAUCGAUGAAGCAAAAUCCCUUUAUUGGAAAGCUCAUCUACUUGCCCUUGAGAAGCAGACUGCGCACGACAGUCUGGCCCUCUUCAAACUUGGAAAGCUGUUUCAGUCCAGCGGCGAACCUGUCAAGGCCCGGGCGGCCCUAGAAGAUUUUAUUAAAUUGAGUCUUAAUGUUAAAGAAAUCCCUGAUGUUCGGAAAAACGACAGAGAACUUGCCACCGCAACCCUCUACUUAUUUGGCUACUACGUCAACCGUGACCCACCAGAGGCUGCCCGUCUUCUGAACCUGGCAAAGGAUUUUCGUUCAGUUCGUGAUGCUGAUCUCCAACCGCUCCGAGAGAAGCUGCAGCCUUUACCAGGCCCAAGCGGUGAGGAAUCUUCUACGCCUCUGAAUCCCUCUGUUGUUUUGGUUGAUAUGACUGACGAUUCCGAUAUUGUUGUUGUUCAGCCUCGAUCGGACAGUUAGUUCAUCUGUUGAUACAUUGUAUAUAUAUUAUAUUUUCUCAAUAAAAACAAAGGUUCGACUUUUA